GCGGCUCUCCUUCACACCCAGGACACUUACAGGGGAGCAAUUAAGUUAGUAAAGUGUUGGCGCGGGCACUUUGUUCACUAGUUUGACCCUCAAACAACUCCAAACUUUUCAAACCCGCGACAAGGACACGAGAGAGAGAGAGAGAGAAAUACGACGCCGGUGAGUAAACAGCGCUGAACCGCACCGCUGUUAAAACAGCUGGUAACAACACAACCACAGGGACAAAAGUGAGCCACCUGAUCCAGGGAGAGGGAUUUAUUUUCCUUCCACAUUCCUGAUGGAGUCCUACAGAGUGACUGGCAUUCCUAACACUGGACCUCAGCGGGGAUACACUCAGCCUUCCCGUCCUUCCAGGCCCCACAGUAAUGGAGCUGGCACAUAUGGUCUCAGCAUCCGAGUCCAGGGAAUAGAUGGUCACCCCUAUGUGGUUCUUAACAACCAGGAAAGGGGUCCUCAGUCAUAUAUCGAUGGGUACAAUGACACAGAAGGCUCCUUUAUUGAAAACUACCAGGAUUAUGAUUUCAGAGGUGACAAUGAAGCUCGAUCCAACAGCCCGUUUAUGGAAUACAGGACGCAGAAGAUGAUGCCUCACACUAGUCCUCAAAAUGGUGUUAGUGAAUCACAAGGAAAAAAAACGCCUCCGCUUCUGAACUUUCAGAAGCAUCCUGAGAUCCUCCAACCAUAUGAUCCAGAGACCAACUCCCUAAACCUUGGAAGUCAUAACAGCUGUCCUUCAAGGCCUCUACCUCAGGUUAAGACUGGAAACCAGAGCCAGAGUUCUCCCAAAUCUGAUAUACAUGUCCCCUCUAAAGGAAAGUCAGAUCCAGUCCAACAAGAGAAAACACAGCCUCCAUCCCAGAGCCUGAAGACCAAUGACCCUGAGACAGCUUUUCCAAAGCCAAAGUCUCAGUUUGAGUAUUUGCCUCAAGCCCAGCUGGCUCAGUCUAAGACCAGGCCGCAAUCACAACCGGCUCAGCCACAGUGCAAGCCUUUUCUUACCGGCUUAAAUCAGGUUCAGUCUAAGCCAAGCUCUAAAACUCAACCAAUGCCUGCAGUCCAUCGCUCUUCUCCUGUGUCAAGUCCCUCCAGCGAUCAGAAUGUAACAUGCAGAUCCCCCAGCUCUAUGAGCAGUGCCAACUCCAGUCUUGAGCGUACCCGUCGUGAGCCUGACGUCCUUCCUUUACGUAGAACUGAUUCCAGUGGGCCAGUUCUUCAGUCUUCCUCCCGCUCCCGUCGCGGUUCUUCACCGUCCACCCCUAAGGCUCAGGUGGAUGAUCAAAUGGAAGCUCUCUAUGCAGACACCAUAAACCGCCACGAAAAUCGUCGCUACAUCCCCUUCCACCCUGGUUCCGGCAGAGACAUUGACACGGGCUCUAUUCCUGGUGUUGAUCAGCUCAUUGAGAAGUUUGAUGGAAAAGAUGCCAGCCAGCCGCGCAGGGGCAGGGCAGGGCGCAGGAACAGGAUCAAUCCAGAGGACAGGAAGCGUUCACGCAGUGUGGACAGUGCCUUCGGUCUGAGAAAUGAUUCUAGUUACAUGGAAGAGUUUAGCCGCUCUCGUGGCACAUCGAUGGAGCAUGUCCUGCGGCCCUCACAGCUCCGACUUCAGAAAACAGCCAGCGGGCAGGAGUCCGGGCUUGUUGAUGUAGAUGGAAGUGCUCACCCUGGGGUGUCAUCUCGUGUAAGCAGUGCACCUGGCUCUCCCCUGAACACCAUCUCCAAAGGUGUUGGCUCAAUACAGGGUUACAAAAAGCCACAGUCCUCCGCAUCAUUACCUUUGAAAAGUAAAGCAGCUGCAGAAAAUGCCUCAUCUACUGGAGGGACAUCAUUGUCAACAUCACUAUCGAGGUCUUCUUCCACCACGGACAAGAAGCCUGGUGCUGGGACAGAUGUCCAGGCGACACCCGAUCUCCUGAAAGGUCAGCAGGACCUUUCACAACAAACACACGAAGAGACAGCAAAACAGAUUUUAUUUAAUUACCUCAAGGAUGGAAGCAAUGACAAUGACGAAACAACAAAAAGAAAGGUCAACCUUGUCUUUGAGAAGAUACAGACAUUGAAAUCCCGAGCCACAGCAACUGCACAAGGGGACAACAAAUCCCCAGAAACUGCUGCACAGACCAAAGCUCUGCAGGAGCAAAAUGCUGCACUGGAGAAAGAGACCCUUGAUCUGAAGAAACAGCUGGAAGAUAGAACAAUGAGGAAUCAGGGUGAAAAAAAGGCUGCUGCAGAUUUGAGAGAAUUGGAGCAGGAGCUGCAGCGAAGCAUGGAGGAGUGUAGGAUUCUGAAAGAAAAACUUGCCAAAACCGAGUCUGACCUCCAGACCACAGUUGAAGAGCUUUUCCAGGUGAAGAUGGAGAGAGAGCAGUACCAGACAGAGAUCAGAGACCUGCAGGAUCAGCUGUCAGAGAUGCAUGAUGAGCUUGACUCAGCCAAGAGGUCAGCCGCUGAUGGAGAGAAAAACAUCAUCACGGCGGACAUUAUGCAACUGAAAGUGGAGAUGCAAGAAGUUCUCAUUGCUAAGGAGGAUCAGGAGGAAUUGCUGAGGAAGCGAGAAAGAGAGCUAACAGCUCUGAAAGGAGCCCUGAAGGAGGAAGUGGCCGCUCACGAUCAGGAGGUGGACAAGAUGAAAGAGCAAUAUGAAAAUGAAAUAAGCCGGCUGCAGACAUCUUUGGAGGAGUCCAAGCAGAACAGCACAGCGGCAGUUCGAGAUAAAGCUGAAGUAGAGGCAGCUAAGGGUGCAGCAGAGGGCCAAGUAGGACGACUGACCCAAGAAGCUGAACGACUGCGCAGGCGGGCACACGAGCUGGAAAACGAGGUGGCCAAGCUCAACCGAAUCAUCGAUGAGGCCAAGCUGCAGGAGAGCAGACUGGGGGACAAAGUUGGCCGGCUGGAGAGAGAAAAAAAGCAACUGGAUGAGUCCUUGGCUGAAAUUAAGGAGCAAGAAGAAGAGAUGUCACGUGCCAACAGGGCGUUGACCACUCGGCUUGAGGAUGUGCAGAGGAACCUGACCAAACUGACUGGUGAUCACAAGGAGCUGGAGGAGAGGUUACAAGAAGAAAGGACUCAGAAGGAGCAGUUUAAGAACAUGAAGAAUAAUAUUGAGGAUGAGAGAAGGCUGCUGGACCGUACCGUGGAGAAACUUCAGAGGGAGAUGAGCGAUAUUGUGGAGGCGUCCCAGUCGUCCACACAGGAACUGCAGGAACAGAUUGACGUUUAUAAAGAAAAGAACAGACGAGAGCUGACAGAGUUGCAGAGACUUCUGAAGGAGCGGGAACAGGAGCUGGAGACGUACAUGCUGGCGACUAAAACCCUUCAAGGGGAGUUGUCACUCCGAGAGGAGGAGCUGCGGCGGGCUCAGAAGGAGCGAGAUGAUGCUGCCCUGAAAGAAAAAACGCUGGAAAAAAAGGUUUAUGACCUGGAGAUGCAGGCUGAAAUAAACAUCCAAACUAAGGACGACAAGUUUCGGCAUGUCAAAAUCAUGGAGGACAGGAUCGCUCAGAUGGAGCUGGAUCUUGACGAAGAGCGUCAAAGUGGAGAUCAGUUGAUGGACAGGAUAGACCGAGGAAGAGAGCAGGUGGAGCAGAUGAGGAAUGAACUCCUGCAGGAGAGGUCUAGCAGACAGGACCUGGAGUGUGACAAGAUGGCUCUGGAGAGACAGAAUAAAGAUCUGAAGGCCAGAGUGGCUCAUCUAGAAGACUCCCACAAGUCCAACAAAGAGGGCCUGGUUUCACAGAUGGAAGCUCGCAUACAGGAGCUGGAGGAGAGGUUGGAGGGGGAGGAGAGAGAGCGAUCUAACUUGCAGCUCGCAAACCGAAGGUUGGAGAGAAAGGUAAAAGAGAUGAUGAUGCAAGUUGAAGAGGAACAUCAGACACUUCAGGAUCAAAAAGACCAACUAAAUCUGCGUCUAAAAGCUUUGAAGAGGCAGAUGGACGAGGCUGAAGAGGAGAUUGACCGACUCGAGCACGGCAAGAAGAAGCUGCAGAGAGAUUUAGAUGAGCAACUGGAGGCCAACGAUCAGCUCCAGAGCCAGCUCAAAGCUCUCCGGAGUGAGAUCAGGCGUAAGAGCUCCUCUGCUCCGAUGCUCAGCCUGGAUGACGACGAGGACGAUGACGUCAGCACUGACGGGGAGACGUACUUCAGCUCAUCCUCGGGGUACAAGCGUUCCUCCAGUCAGGACAACAUGUUGUCCACCUUCACUCUUUAAACAAACUUUGACAUUGAAAGUAAAGCUUCUUUUUAUGCCUCAGUGUUGGACCAAACAGCUGAAUAUUCAUGUACUGGACUAUUUUGUGUAAAUAUUGAGAGAAUUUUCAGCUUAGCCAGUGAUUUAACACUCAGUAUUAUUUGAGCAGCUCUUUGAUCAAAGAACGGUUUUUAUGAAACCUGUCUUUAAGAAACUAAAUGUUUAUUCUCUUAAACUAGUACUUUCCAUCAUGGUUAGUUUAUGUCUGGAUGGAUUCUUCUUGAACUAAUGGAGAAUUCAUCCUGGUCAAUAAUUAUAGCAGUAGUGAACUUGAUUUCACUAUAAAGCAACACAACCAGUCCUGCCUUUGUCCAAGAUAUGAAGUGAAUUUCUUUUAUGCCUAUCAUAUAUGUUACAUUUGAAAAUAAUGUCUGAAUAUACUUUUUGGUAUCCAGUUACAUUAAAUAUAUUUACCUUUUCUUUUUUAUUAAUGAAUUUAAAUAUAAUCAGAAUAUAUUAAGUGCAUUUUCCAGGAUAUUUGUUUAAUUUAUUCAUGGCUGAAUUAGCAAAAAUCUUGGCUUUGAGUCUUUUUAAGAAACAGUAAGAGGGUCUUUGUACACACAUUUUUUUAUACAGUUUUAUUUCAUUUGAAGAACAGUUUUUAUAACAUCAAUCUAAAUGUAAAUCCAAGUGACUUGUCAGUUUCAUGUAACAGAAAGAUCACAGUACUGCUUACAACACAUCUGGAAAAGCUUUAAUUUGAGCUCUGAGUCUUUACGAUAAAGAAUGAAAUGUGUAUCUGCUUGAUUAAUGAACAAAGCUGAAAAUAACAGCAUUUUGUCUCUAAAUAUUGUAUUUAACUUCCACCUCCAAGUGUUUCUCUGUUGGCUGGGGGGGCAAGUCUUACCAUUAAUCCUCAGACGUGUGUGAUUCCUUAUGGCGUGUAUCAGGCCUCGCUUUCCUUCUGUAAAUGUUCUUUUAAUUGUUUGAGGGAAUUUCUUAAUAUGGAAUAAAUUGACAAUCAGUGUUUUGCUAUCCUGUGGUGCUUUGCUUGUUGUGUUGACUGCACUGAAAGUGCUCAAGCCUGACGUCUUUGGAGAGAGACGCAUUCCUGUCACACUGUACUGUGCACAACUGUAUGUUUAGAAAUCCUGCUGAGACAAGAAUAAA